CUUACCUCAUCUUAGUCAACCGCACACCAUAGCUCCCUUGGGUAACGCUGCUUUAAACCACAUAGCUCCCUUGAGUAAGUCCCCUUCUGCCUUUCUUGCCAAUGUAAAUCUGCAAUACCCCACUCAGUUCUUCAGUUGUCCAGGGUCUUCAGUUCUUCAGUUGUGUAGUCCUCCAGGGUCCUGCCAUGGCCUCCUCCACAGCUCUUCUCCUCUUCUGCCUCCUGGGCGUCUUCUCACCUGCCUGGUGUCAGCAGCAGCAGGAGGAAGAAACAGACGUCCACACAGAGGAUGGAGAGCAGAGUGGUCAAGAUGAUGACUGGGAGGGCAUCCCAGAAGAAGAGAGGUACACUGUGUCCGGACUGAUCGAAAGAGCCAACAAGAAUGCAGGGCAGGCGCUGGACGAUCCUGAGAUCAUCCAGGGUGACGUGGCGGUGCCCACGGGUCUCGGGAACGCUGACCCCUGUCUGACGCGCGGCUGCAAAUGGCCUCGCUCCAGUGAUGGCAAUAUCUACGUCCCCUACCUGAUCUCCAACCAAUACUCGGCGCGUGAGAGGGCGGUGAUAGUUAAAGGUCUGCAGUCCUUUUCCCAGUCCACCUGUAUCCGCUUCGUACCCAAAAGUCACCACCAGCGAGACUAUGUCCACAUCCAGUCUCGCAACGGAUGCUGGUCGUUUGUGGGCCGCAGGGGCGGGGAGCAGAUCCUCUCCCUGCGUCGGGGGGCGUGUAUAUACCACAUGGUGGUGCAGCAUGAACUGCUCCACGCCCUGGGCUUCAACCAUGAGCAGUGCCGCAGCGACCGCGACCGCCACAUACACAUCUACUGGCAGAACAUAUACCAAGGGUUUGCAUAUGCCUUCCACAGGAUCAAUACCAACAACCUGGGAACCCCCUAUGACUACAGCUCCAUCAUGCACUAUGGAAGGUACGCCUUCUCAUCUAACCGGCAGCCCACUAUAGUGCCGUACCCCAACCCAAACGUGGCCAUCGGACGCUCCACACAGAUGAGCGCCAACGAUAUCCUGAGAGUCAAACGCCUCUAUGGCUGCAAAUGAAAGGGUGUUCACGGACAAAGGAGAACAUCUCUCAACUCAACAUCGCUUAGUCAAACUCAGUGUAUAACUGUGCUUAUAAAUUACACUUCGGGGUGCUUUUCUUGAAAGCAUAGUUGAUAGCCAGUUAGCAACUUGGUUUAGUUGCCACUGGGAAAUUACAUUGCAAGCAACAAAGUUUUUGUAAUGUACCCCUGAAAUGUACCCCUUUUUGACACCACAUUGUUUUUCCAGCUUGAACCAAUAAACAAUGCAUAUUUGAAUUAAACUUUUCCACUGGAAUUGGCGAGAAUAUAAAAUCAU